ACUGGUUUAUUUUGACAGCUGACACAUUUGUGCGUGAUAAACAAAACAAAUUCUUACAAAUUAGUUUACAAAUUUGCAGAGUGUUCAUCAUUAAUUGGAUGAAACUUUGAGCAUUAACUUACCGUAAAAGAAACUUAUAAAACAAAUCGUGCCUCGCUGAAGUCUACUCUAACCAUGAAAAGUCGAAGUUGUCUCAUGGACGACAUCAAAUGCUUGGAAACACAAUUAUCGGCACUACAAGAGCGAUUCGACAUAAUUGUAAAUUGGAUUCAGUCUCAAUAUUGUGAACUCAAUGGCUUGCCACAUAUUGUCAUCGUUGCGGUGCGUGGUGAUAAAAGAUCUUUUCAGGAGAACCUUGAAUCAACAAAAGAAACAUUUCCGCUGGACGAUAUCGAACAUGUCAAGUUGGAAUGCGACAAAUUCGAUGAUUACUCUGAUGUCAAUAUGGACUAUAAAAUUGAGUCAGAUGACCCGAGAGAAAGUUCGGUCGAUAAAAUGGAUGUUGACGUCCUAGAAGACAUUGCAUUCGAUCCCGUAUCCAGAAAAUUGGAGGUUGUGACUGUUGGUGAUCGUCAAUUGUGCGAAGCGGAAGUAGAUGACCAAAAUUGCAAGGAUGAGCUACUGAAUGAAGACAAUUCUACUGUUAAUGAUAAAACGGAAACCCGUGCACACAGAGCCACAAGAGUGGUUGUUAAGAAAACGCCUCGACAUCUUCAGGUCAACAGAGACAAAGGAAUGAUUGUGACUGCUAUCGAGUAUAAGGAGAUGAUUGCUUCAUUGCCGAUAGACAGACUAUCCUGUGCGGUCUGUGGCAAAGAAUUUCCGACGACGCACAGACUUCGACGCCACGAAAUCGAAGUGCAUUUAGAGAAAGAAGAAGCACUGAAAUGUCGUAUCGAUCUGCAGAAAAGUCGUGAGGAAAUGCCGAAGGCUCCGAGAUAUGUCAAAAAAAGGAAUAACCAGUUUUUGACAGCCAUCGAGUAUAAGGAGCUGAUAGAUUCAUUGCCAAAAAACCGGCAGCUAGUCUGUGCGAUUUGUGGCAAAAGUUGUCCCACGUCGGUACAAUUGCGACGCCACGAAAUCGAAGUUCAUUUAACGCAAGAAGAAAGACAGAAAUAUCGAAGCAAUUUGACGAAAGCAUCGGAAGAUGGCAAGCGAACCGACGGAGACAAAAAAAUGAUUUUGACAGCAUUCGAGUAUAAGGAGAUGAUUGCUUCACUACCGAAGGAACGGCUAUCCUGUGCGAUUUGUGGUAAAGAAUGUCCAUCGUUGGCAAGUGUGCGACGCCAUGAAACCGAAGUUCAUUUAACGAAAGAAGAAAGACAGAAAUAUCGGAGCAGCACCUCGGACAUACACAAAGCAACGGAUGAUGUGGCAACAAUGUGUGACAUAUGCAACUUCCCGUUCAAAAAUAUCGACUGGCACAAAAAGAACCAUUUGCCACCUGGAGUCAUAACUGCAGUGGAAGGAAGUUAUCGGCCACACUAUCGUUGCUUAAAAUGUGAUUCGUUGUUCUCUAAGAAGCAGACGUAUUUAUCUCAUGCGAUGACUGAGUGCAAAGCGGAAGGUACGCCGGAAAAUGCAGAUCAGCCAACAGAUGAACUGGAAAAGAAUUUUCUGUGUAACCAAUGCGGCCAAAGUUUUAAUCGUAAAUACACUUUGAAGGUGCACGAAUUGGCCGUCCAUGCGAAUAAAAGGGAUUUCAAAUGCCAGUACUGCGAUAAACGUUUUGUCAUCGAAUACAGGAAAAAGUUACACGAAAAGAAACAUCUUGGCACGUUGAGCGUAACUUGCGACCUUUGUGGCUUUAAUUUUCGAGGCAAACAAGUUCUGAAAAAGCAUAUCAGGGGUGUGCAUGAAAAUCGACGCCCGCACAAGUGCCCGUUCUGUGAAAAAAGUUUCAAGACGUCCACCGCUCGUAACUACCAUAUAAACACACAUGGCAAUCCGAAUGGUAGACAAAGAUCAUUGAACAGGGACGUUGAUCCGAUGCAUGCAGCUAAAAAGCGACGCGACUGCAUACCACGGUUAUCGGUGCAACAAGCCCAUAAAUAGAAUGCCCGUUCGAAUAUUGUU